CGCCCUUAGAAGCCACUGCCCGGCGGCCUCUAAACGCGGGGCGGCCGGGCCCACGGCCGGGAACGCCCCUUGAAGGAGGGUGUCGGGGGCCUAUUGGCUGUCCUGACGGCAUGGCGAACGGCGAUUGGGCGACCCGGGAAGAGGCUGGUUCCUGACUCGGUACCCUGGGCCAUGGCUGCGCCGGACCUGCGGGCGGAGCUGGACUCGCUGCUCCUGCAGCUGCUCCAGGACCUGGAGGAGCUGGAGGCGAAGCGGGCGGCGCUGAACGCUCGCGUGGAGGAGGGCUGGCUCUCGCUCUCCCAAGCUCGCUACGCUAUGGGUGCCAAGUCGGUAGGGCCCCUGCAGUACGCUUCCCGCAUGGAGCCCCAAGUCCGCGUCUGCGCCAGCGAGGCCCAAGACGGACUCCAGGCGUUCUGGCUGGUGAGACCCAGCGCCCAGACUCCAGAGGAGGUGGGGCCCCGCGAGGCAGCUUUGCGCAGACGCAAGGGUCUCACCAGAACCCCAGAGCCAGAGUCCUUCCCAGCCCUCCGGGACCCUCUGAACUGGUUUGGAAUCCUAGUUCCUCACAGUCUGCGGCAAGCCCAAGCCAGCUUCCGGGAGGGCCUGCAACUGGCAGCAGACAUGGCCAGCCUUCAGAUCCGCAUUGAUUGGGGUCGAAGCCAGCUCCGGGGGCUUCAGGAAAAACUCAAGCAGCUGGAGUCUGAGUCUGCAUGACCUGUGACUGGAGGCAGAGGAGCGAGCACAGCCAUCCCCUCCUGCGGCUACCUCAUCUCAGGCCUUCCUCCUCCACAGAUUGCCCUGUCCCUAUUCCCAGCUGAUCCCUGCUACUUAAAAUGUCUCUGGUUUGCAUGUUUCCAGCUUUGUUAAGUGUGAAAGUUUGAAGAGGCAAACUGAAUAAUGUUGACAGUCAUUUCUGUGACACCAGUUCUAGGGUUGUGUUCUGCUAGGACACAUCCGUGUGGGGCAAGGGCAGAGCUGUUAGGUUGGUUCGUGUUAGUAAAUAACCAGGACAGUCUCAUGGACACAUCAGCUGCCGUUUCUUUACAGGAUCCAAUACUACACAGCUAGUGGCAGAGAAGGACAGAAAAUAGGUGCUUCAGUUUCACUAGAUUCUCAAAACUGAUCUUGAUACAUGGGUAGAAAACCAAACAUGGCUAACAGAUCAGGACAGCAUGAUUCCAGGUCAAUAAAAAGCACAAACACCUGAGUAAUAGGCAGUUCUUGACAGGUUUUAAGCCAGAAAGUAAAACAGAUUUGACUUCGAUUUUCAAGGGAACUCUGGGAAGCAAACUCCAGGAAGAGACCUUUCAGAUUUUUAAAAACUUUCCUUUAUCUUUUCAGGAGUGAGACAAACCCUCUUUUAAUUUUUAAAGGUCCAGUUGUAUUUCCUGUGAUGGGAACUAUGGCCAUGCUUCAUUUUCCUGCUGGGUUGUAGGUAUUUUUAGCAGUUUCAAGGAGGUAAUCUUUAUGUUUGGAGAAAAUUAAUCCUUUGUUCUUAAUAUGAAAUAUAAAUAUUUUCCCCAGUUUAUCUUUUAACUUUGCACAUGGUGUUUUUUUUAAGCCUUUAUUAUAAAACACGUUAAACUGCAUAAAACAAUUGAAUAGCUUAAUGAAUAAGGUGAAAACUAUAGUAACCAUCACCCAGCUCUUGUAUUUUUCUAGUCAGUUUUCUUAAUAGAGUUGAAUUUAUCAAUCAGCUGUUUUAUGAUUUCUGGACUUGCGGUUGUAAUUGAUGUGAUAAAGGAACUCUCCAAUGUUUUCGUAAAAAACUUUCA